CGAGAUAGCAGGAGGGAGUUGCAAUUGCUCAGUGCAGUUUCUUCCUUUGAACUGUAAGACUGAACACGGCAUCUUGGUCCGGGCAGAAGGGACGCUAUGAUCACAGAAUUCCUGUCCCUGCUUCACCUUGGGCUUUGUCUGGGCAAUGAAGACGAGAAAGAUUAUGAUGAAGAUGAAGAAAGUGGACCUGACCCUGCAAAAACAGACACCAAAGUCAUCUUUGUCGCCACCUUCUGCUGCCUCUCUCUCUUUCUCCUCUUCAUCGCCGUCUUCCUCAUCUACAGAUGCACUCGGCACGAUUCAUCACAUGAAGAAUCCGCCAAGAGAACCAGCCAUUCCAAAUUUCCCAAGCAGGGAGCUGCAGGUGUAUCCAAACUGGAAAGACUAUCUGAAUCGCCUGAAGAAUCCCAGGGAGUGACCUAUGUAAAGCUAAACACCAACGCACUGUCUGAGGCAGCUUCUGUCCCCACCAAGGAGCCCGCAGGGUCGUGUGACUAUGCAACACUGAAGGUAUAGAACUGAAGGAAGAGCUUCUUCCCUGGGAAGGAGAGUAUGGAUUAAGACGACGGAACUUAUGAAAGCCCAGGUGGCUCUGUGUCUUUGGUUCAUUAUCCAUAAUAAUAAAAUAUUUUCCCUUCUCACUUCCCCUCCUCUCAACAAUUACUGGGUGGGUUUUCACAAAACUGGAGCGUAACCUUUGUAUGGUUCGACUUAAAACAUGGGCUAAGAAUACGUAUUGUAUCUAUGGGCUGGUGGUACUCAUAAUACUCACUUAGGGAGUUCAGGACGGUACCAUGUAAAGAGAAAAUGGUUCCUCAGAGAAGACUACGUGAUUGCUCUCUGGUGAGUCAUCCCACAGACACAGAGAUUUCAAAAAGGAGCACAAAACUACAAGCCAUGAAGGGAGACACUCAGGUGUGAAUUAACAAAUUCCUAAGUAGCAUGCACCAAGGUAAGCAGCUAAAAGGCUAAAAGUAUUUGGGACAUGAUUCUUUCAGGCCGUGCUGGGCAGCCCUCAAGUCAAGACCAGUUUCCUCUUUGACAUGAAUGAAAGGGUUUUCUUACUGCCAUCGUAUUCCUGCUUAUAUUCUUUCUUUCUUAUUAUUAAAAUCAAAGGCUAAAAUAAAGUUAGGCUUACAGAAUCUAUGUGGAUUUUGUCACUUGGUGCCCAUAACUUAACUCACGUUAAUACAGCAUUGUAAGGAUUUUUCUGAGUGUGGACUUUUGUGUAUGUGACAGUGGUACUGACCACUUAUAUAUGGAUACAAGUACAAAUAUAUGAGCUUUGCUUCCAAAGUUAUGUCACUCAAUCAGGUUUCAAAGCCAUUUUAAAAUAUAUGAAUAAAGUGUAAAUAUUUGGAACGUACACAUAAAUAUUCUUAACUCAGUAGCGUAUGCUGGAUAACUUUUUUUUUUUUUUUUUUGGCCGUGCCGUGCAGCUUGUAGGAUCUCAGUUCCCCGACCUGGGAUUGAACCCAGACCCUCGGCAGUGAGAGCAGGGAGUCCUAAUCACUGGACCACCAGGGAAUUCCCUGGAUAACCUUAUUAAAGUUUUUAAUUAUGAAACAAUUCUAUCAUAAAGAAAAACACCCAAUAAUAUAAGUGGAAAUAUGCACACUGACCUUAUUUUCAAAACAUUAACACUUUGCUGUGUUUUCAUUCUAGCACUCCCAAUCCAUUUUCCUUCCUCUCUUCCUAAGAGGUCGACAUUACCCAAAGGAGUAUAUAUUAUACCGAUGCAUUUUUUUCAUACUUUUACUCCUCAAGCAUCUAUCAAUAGUCAAUAUAUGGUAAUAUUUUGUGUGUUAUUACAACAUUAUACAUAUAUAUGGAAUCAUUAUUACAGUUCUGUCACCUUUUUUAUUGCCUUCGACAUUACGCUUUUGAAAUUCAUCUAGGUGACUUUUGUGUCUCUAUCUUAUUGCCUGCCAUACAGAAUUCAGUUGUUAACCAUACCAUGGAAUAUUAUUCAGGCACAAAAAAGAAUGAAGCACUUUUACAUGCCACAACCUGGAUGAACCCUGGGAACAUUAUGCUAAGUGAAAGGAGCCUGGCACAAAAAGCUUCACAUUGUAGGAUUCCAUGUAUAUGAAAUAUCCAGAAAGGACAAAUCCUUAGCAAUGGAAAGCAGAUUACUGGUUGCCAGGGGCUAGGGGAGGGGAGGAAUUUGGAGUGAGUGCAAACAGGCAUGGGGUAUCUUUUUGGGGUGAUGACAAUGAUGUAGAAUUAGACAGUGGUGAUGGUCGCACAACCUUGUGAAUAAACUAAAGACCAUUGAAAAUAAACUAAAGACCAUUGCAUUGUACGCCUCAGAAGCAUAGAUUCUAUGGUAUGUGAAUUAUAUCUCAAUAAAAGAAAAUUUUUAAAAGGACUUGGCUGUAUGCACAAACCAUGGUUUCUCUUUGUUCUUUCCCGGACUGCUAGAUGUUUGGGUUGUUUCCAAUGCUAUGCUGUCAGCAAAAUGCUGCAAUAAACAUCCUUGGAGCUAC